GUGUUGCGUGUCUUUCCCGCGACACAAGAAGUGACGUCAUCUUCCCUGGCGAUGUGUAUACUUUUUAGCGGUAAACAUUUCUCUUCGCUUGCGGUCGCACGCUCGCCCUCGCUCUCUCUUAAACAAAAACACUUGGACACUCUCACACACACCCUCACACACACUCUCACACAUAUAUCCAUGGAACCAGAACAACCCGAAAGCGCGAAACAGCCUGUGUCCUGGCGCGAACUUUUCGAGCAAUGUCCAGUGUCGGAUGAAGGUUCAUUCGCCUCAUCUGAUCCGGAUUCUGACGACAGUGCAGAUGAAGCAGACUUCAUUGGAGGGAGAGAUCCGUCCUUUGACACUGUUGACGAUGUGGAGGAGGAGGAGGAAAUGGAGGGACGCAGAGGGAGAGGGAGAGGAGGGGGGAGAGUAAGGUCAGAGUCACUCCCUGGUGAUGAAGCUGGCUGGAAAACUGAAAAGGAGCCUGACUCCAUGCCACACCCCCCACAACGUUUCAUACCCAAAAGAAAGCCAGGUGUGCAGCCACCUCUGUCGCAAUGCGUGGACAAUCCAUCUCCAUCUGAGCUGUUCAGGAUGUACUUCGACCGGGCUGCCAUCAAAACACUGUGUGCCAACACAAACAAAAACGCGGCAAAAAAUAUCGCUGGGGGCAAGAAAUACAAAUGGGCCGACGUCACAGAGGCUGAAAUGUAUCAGUACAUUGGGAUCACGCUGUACAUGGGGAUUCUGAAGCUGCCCAAGUUGAAAGAUUUUUGGCGUGCCAGUUCCAUCUUCCAUGUGCCAUACAUUCAGGAGGUCAUGCCCAGAGACCGGUUCCUCGCCAUCGCUUGGAACAUCCAUAUAAGUGACCCUGGGGAAGAUGCAUUCAAUGACUGCAAGAAAGGCACAGAUGAUUAUGACUGUCUGCACAGAAUACGUCCCCUGUACGACAGUUUACGUGUAGCCUGCAAAGCUGUGUACCACCCCCAGCAAAACCUCUCCGUGGACGAGCGCAUGGUCGCCACCAAAGCCAGGAUUCCUAUAACGCAGUAUAUGAAGAACAAGCCAGCAAACGGGGGGAUAAUACUUUUUGUGCUGUCCGACAACACAGGCUACACUGUGGACUUCAACAUUUCCACAGGGAGGUCCACUCAGGUCACUGGGAAGGGGCUGCCGUUUGAUGCCAUGAUGUCUCUCAUCAACAAAAACGUCCUGGGAUUUGGAUAUCGCAUUUAUUGUGAUAACUUCUACACCAGCCCAGCACUGUUCCGCCACCUUCACGACCUGGGGUUUGGAGCCUGUGGGACAUUUCGGGACUCAAGUAUAGGCGUCCCUAAAACAAAAGUCAACGCCCUGACAAAAGAUUCUCCACGAGGGACAAUCAGGUGGAUCAGAGAGGGGGCUCUUGUCUUCAUCAAGUGGAAGGACACGAGGGAGGUGAAUGUGUGCUCCACGCUGCACACUGCCUACUCAGGGGACACUGUGAGAAGAGCCAUCAAGGUUGGUGGAAAACAAAAAGUAGUUGAGAUGCCAGUGCCGUCGGCUGUGAAGGACUACAACAGCUUCAGGGGGGGAGUUGACCUGUCAGACCAGCUGAUUGGCUCCUAUUCCUCAUGGAGAAAGAGCACUAAGUGGUAUGUGACCGUGCUGCAUCAUUUCAUCGACAUUGCCGUAACAAACAGCUACUUGCUCCACAAGAAGCUGUGUGGCAGACGGGAGCAACAGCCGAUGACGCACCAGGCCUUCCAGGAGCAGCUGACCGCCGAGCUCUGUGGAGUGCCCGCACAACCAGCCCCGGAGUGCUGUCCGCACAUCCCUGUUGCCAUCGUUGAGGGGGCAUCUGGCUCCAAAAAAGCCACACAGGGGCGCAGGAAGUGCACGCUGUGUGGGAAGUGCACUCCCUUCAUGUGCGAGGCAUGUCAGGAGCCUCUGUGUGUCAUCGUGGACAGGAACUGUCACAAGACGUAUCACAGCUCCCCUGGUGAUAUUGAAAAGUAGUGUUCGACUUUAAUCAGCUGUUUGAUGGAAAUAUAUUUGAGUCCUUUUCACAACUCCAGGAUAAGUUUGCUUUAACCUCAAGUGACCUAUAUAGAUAUUUACAAAUUAGACAAUGUCUUACAAAUCAUGCAGACUGGGAAUGAAUCAAAAGAGAAGCAACCAAUAUAGAAACUCACAUUAUGCAUUUUAUACUGUACUUAGGUAGCUGUGUUUCUUCUCAUGCUGUGUGAUGGACCUUGAUUCACUUGUGCAUUUACGUUCGAUAAAACCCUCUCGUUCCUUGCUGUGAAGAGCAAUAACGUCACAAUAAAAAUAUGUGAUAGUAUGAAAAUCCUUUUCGACCUACAUUUAAUUAAAUACGGUUCAAAAAGUAGUUGUUAAAUGUUAAAACUGAUAAACUUAGUGUGGGUUUUUUUUUUUUUUUUUUUUGGUAAAUA